UGGACCGGCGGGGCAGGGGGCUUCUGUGGCGUUGACGACCAAUGACGACUAUACAUUGCAGAAUCUAAACCCGAAGAGACUGCCAUUCUAUUGUGGAGAAACUGAAAAUAUUUGAUUUCUUUGAGAUUCCAAAUCCCUAAUUUGACAAUUGGCCUGCCGUGCUGACAAACCCGAAUCCUAUUCCACGGUUCCUGAGAAUACAACUGAGCCCUAACCCCAAGCUUGUCGAUGGAAGUCGAAGCUUUGCCCUCCUGAAUUCUUCGUGGUUACGAUUCAUUUGGUCGGGGAUGAGGGAUUCAAGCCCUAAAUUGUUCAAUUCGAUAAACCCACGCCAAUCAUCCCCAAUGAUGUCCCCUUUACCGUCAAUUAUCAUGAAUUUCUCUGCACCGCCGACACCGUCCAGCGACGACGGGGAUCUCGAGGCAGCCUGGUACGGAAACAUACAGUACCUGCUCAACAUAUCCGCAAUCGGCGCCCUCACAUGCGUCCUCGUCUUUCUCUUCGUCAAGCUCCGCUCCGAUCACCGCCGCAUGCCAGGGCCGGCCGCCAUCGCUUCCAAGCUCCUCGCCGUGUGGCACGCCUCCAGCCGCGAGAUCGCCCGCCACUGCGGCGCCGACGCCGCCCAGUUCCUCCUCAUCGAGGGAGGAAGCUGCGCCGUCCUUCUGCCUAUUGCGGUUCUCUCUUUGUCUGUCAUACUUCCGCUCAAUCUCUACGGCGGCGGCGCUCCGAUGGAUGACCAGUUUUCCAAGACUACCGUUAAUCACAUCACAAAAGGUUCGCCUUUACUUUGGGUCCACUUUUUGUUUGUUGUCAUCGUUGUUGUUUUGGCGCAUUUCGGUAUAAAUGCAAUUGAAGAGCGGUUGAGAAUUACUAGGUUUAGAGAUGGUUAUGGAAACCCCAGUGAUCCCGGUGCGAGUUCAACUGCUAUUUUUACUGUAAUGGUACAUGGAGUGCCGAAAACUUUAGGGUUUGAUAAGACUCCUUUAUUGGAGUAUUUCCAGCAUAAGUAUCCAGGAAAAGUGUAUCGGGUGAUUGUACCGAUGGAUUUGUGUGCUUUGGAUGAUUUAGCUACGGAGUUGGUUAAAGUUAGGGAUGAGAUUUCCAAAUUGGUGGCAAGGAUUGAAUCUCGGGUCUCAACGGUUGAAUUUGAAGACAGUGAAGAUGGAUAUUCUUCAGGGGGACUGUGGAACGGGGCAAGGUGGUUGCGGAGAAGAGUUAGGGUUUGCUGGGAUCAGGUUCUUGGUGAAUUGGGCUUUACUGAUGAAGAUAAGUUACGAAAAUUGCAGGAGCUGAGAGCUGAUUUGGAGACUGAAAUGGCUGCAUACAAGGAAUGCCGAGCGAAGGGGGCCGGAGUGGCUUUUGUGGUAUUUAAGGAUGUGUAUACUGCCAAUAAGGCUGUUCAGGAUCUCCGCUAUGAGAAGAAGAGGCAGAUCGGCAAGUUCUUCUCUGUCAUGGAGUUGCACCUGCAGAGGAACCAAUGGAAAGUGGAGCGUGCUCCACUGGCGACUGAUAUAUACUGGAACCAUUUGGGCUCCUCAAAGUUUUCACUGAAACUUCGGAGAGUGUUUGUGAACACGUGCCUACUGUUGAUGCUUUUGUUUUGCAGUUCUCCUCUGGCUGUGAUUACUGCCAUCAAGAGUGCUGGGCGCAUUAUCAAUGCUGAAGCAAUGGAUAGCGCUCAAAUGUGGUUGGCCUGGGUGCAGAGCUCAAGCUGGCUUGCAAGUAUAAUCUUCCAGUUCCUUCCCAAUGUUCUUAUUUUUGUGAGUAUGUAUGUGAUAAUACCAUCAGCUUUGUCUUAUCUCUCAAAGCUUGAACGGCACCUUACUGUAUCAAGGGAGCAAAGAGCAGCACUUAUAAAGAUGGUUUGCUUCUUCCUAGUGAAUCUCAUUUUUCUGAGGGCACUGGUUGAAUCCUCGCUAGAGGGUGCAAUCUUAAGAAUGGGUCGCUGUUACUUGGAUGGAGAAGAUUGCAAAAAGAUUGAACAGUACAUGAGUGCGUCAUUCUUGUCAAAAUCAUGCCUCUCAUCUCUUGCAUUUCUAAUAACAUGUACUUUCUUGGGAAUAUCUUUUGAUCUUUUGGCUCCUAUACCUUGGAUAAAAAGGAAGCUUCAGAAGUUCUGGAAAAAUGACAUGCUCCAGCUAGUACCAGAACAAAGUGAGGAUUAUGUAUUAGAAAAUCAAGAUCUAGAGAGACCACUUAUGCGUGAAGGAGCAUUCGACACUACGUUUGCCGGCAAUGGUGUACCACCUGCUGCGAAUCUCAGCGAGAUAGAUUUACCCGGAGAAAUUCUUUCUGAAUAUCCAAUCAGCAGAACCUCACCAGUGCCAAGGCAAACAUUUGAUUUUGCACAGUAUUAUGCAUUCAAUCUGACAAUAUUUGCCCUGACCCUGAUGUAUUCUUCCUUUUCGCCUCUUGUGGUUCCUGUUGGUGCAUUUUAUUUUGGGUAUAGAUACGUGGUUGACAAGUACAACUUUCUAUUUGUAUAUCGGGUGCGAGGUUUUCCUGCUGGCAAUGAUGGGAGGUUGAUGGAUACAGUGUUGUGUAUCAUGCGGUUCUGCAUCGACCUGUUUCUUCUUUCGACGCUCUUGUUCUUUUCAGUUAAAGGAGAUUCCACUAAGCUGCAAGCGAUAUUGACGCUUGGGUUGUUGGUGAUAUAUAAACUGCUGCCGUCUGAUGAUGAUAGCGUUCAACCAGCUCUGUUGCAAGGCAUUCAGACUAUUGACAAUAUUGUAGAUGGACCAAUAGAUUAUGAGGUUUUCUCACAACCCAAAUUUGAAUGGGAUACCGUUUGAUCAUUUAUGCUUCCAAUGUUUUUGUUCGUGAUUAUCAUGUAGAAUUAAUUGUAUCUGGUAGCCUUUCUGUGUGUGUAUAUAUGCAUACAAUCAGGAGUUCAGUCUUCAUCUUGUAGAUCUUUCUUCUUUUCGGUGAGGAUUCUCAAAUGAGAAUGAAUUUGAACUUACACAUAAUUGCACUUGAUGAAUUGGGUGCUGUUUUUACUUGAA